AUGUGGAAGGAAACAGAUGUUCCAGAAAAUAAAUACUCCAAGAAAAAUAAGUCCAAGUAUGGUAAUAUCGAAGUAGAUGUUCCAGUUUUUGAAUAUCAAUCAGAUUGGGAUACUUGGAAACGUAAUGAGAUCGAUAAAGCUUCGGAUUCUUUUGAGCAAGAAAAUAAUGAUUUGGGGAUAAACUACGGUAAACUUCUUGCUUAAAUUCUCAAGGAUUUCAAAUAAAUAAUACAAUAAAUUUCAGUUCGAGAUAGUAUUAUAAAUUUGAAAGAGCGAAGAAAAGAGCAAGAAGCUCAGAAAAUUUGGGCGAAAAAGAGAAAGGAAUUGGUUGAAAAAGCGAAUUUACUUGAUGAUGAGGUAAAUUAAAAUAUCCAAGAAAUGUCAUACAAAAAUUAAUUUCAGACAAAAUCUUCAACUAUUCACGAUGAAUUUAUCACGGAGGCUGAAAAUACUGGAAAUCGGUUUGAUAUAAAUGAAAAACAUUAUUUGAGAUGGUUGAGAAAGAAAGCGAAACAAGAAGAAUGUCAUCCGAAAUAUUUGAUAGAAUUGGAAAAAGUUGAGAAAGAAGUUUCGAAGAAAUAUUUGGUGAAAAGAAAAUGGAGCGAUUUGGUGGAUGGAGUUCAGAAUUAUUAUCGUAAAACUAAUGGAGAAGAACAAUCCGAAGUUUCAGAAUCGAAAAAACGAAUUGCUGAUAGAAAAAGAAGAAAGAUGAUUAGUAAAAUGCCGUGA